AUGACUGCUCGAAUCAUUGGCCAUCCGCUUUUGGGUCAAACAACUGUGAUUACGAAAAAUCAUGUUGAUGUUACUGUUGCAUUAUUUCCACAUGAAUGGGGUGGUGAAGAGACCCCUUGGGAGGUGGCAUUAUGGUAUGGCUCGAAAGAUAUGACCUGGAAACAGCUUGACCUGAUCCGAGUUCAUAAUGGUAUUCCAAUAAAAGACAAGUUUGCUGUUGACUCUCAAGGUCCAGUCCUAUUCUUCUCAAAUACAUUGAAGCAGCAAUCCAUGGAGGAAGAUUUGGUGUGCUAUACCGUAAAGUAUAAGAAAAUGGGAGAUUCGAUAUGGAAAUGGGUGAAUGAUGACCCCAAUCCUGUUGGUGAUGCAGAAAUUAUCUUUCAUAAAUCAUCAUCCAUUAUACCACUGUCUUCCAUGGAAGAUUACAUCUCCAACUUAUCACAAUCUGUUCAUAUCAACUUCCAUGGACUGCAAGAAACAUCCAAGUCACCCAUAUGGACUCUCGCUUGUCCAAUCCCCCCUUCAAUCGCUCUAGCCACUGAACCAAGCGUUGAACGGAUCAACAUUGGAAUUCCAACGGAUAUAAUCAGAUACUUUGCUCUCGUCAAACGAAUGAAUUUCUGGUUAGUCCCUCGUCAUGGGAGACAUAAAUUUGAAGUGGGCGAAGAUAAUUGCCAAUUCUAUUCUGGAAAUGUCGAAUCAAAAUUAGAAGAAGCUAUUCUUUUGUCAUUUUUGAGAAGUGAUGGGAUGCAUUUCGUGAUGCUUGCAUUGAGUAUGGAUGGAGUUGAAAUGACCCUCACGUCUGGUAAUGAUGGAAGUAUUGUUUUAAUAGGGAAAAAUGAGAACGAAGAGAAAAGAGAGGGAAUUGUCAUCUGUGCCGUGGGUAAAACUGUAGAAGAUGGUAUAGCGGCUACGAUGGACCAUGCGAAACGAAUCAUUCGAGAAAGCUUCAAACCAGGGUCAGUUAUUGAUCAAAACUUCAAUCGAAAUGAAGUGAUUCAGGAGUCCGAGCACAGGAAAACCUUCCAUGAUGAGCUGGUCUAUUGCACGUGGAACUCUCUAGGUCCUACCCUAACAUCGACUACUCUAGUUUCUGCACUUGAAGAUCUCAGUACAUCCUCCAUCUAUCCAUCUACGAUCAUAAUAGACGACGGGUGGCAAUCCAUAAAGUCAUUUGGCUCAGAAACCUUUCCCACUCAGCAUCGUUGGUCAAGAUUUGAAGCUUCGUCCACAUCGUUUCCAGAAGGCCUCGCCAAUCUUUCACUCCGAAUCAGGAAUUUGUAUCCAUGGAUCAAAAAUAUCGGUAUCUGGCACGGCAUCUUUGGCUACUGGGGUGGUAUCGACCCAGAAGAUGAAAUUGGUAGGAAUUACAAGCUGAGAUGGGUGGAGAUAAACAAUCAUCAUCGGAGUGGAAUGUGGGUUGUUGAUGCUUGUGACGUGAGGAGAUUCUACGAUGAAUUUUAUUCAUUUCUCGUCAGUUGUGGCAUAAAUGCUGUGAAGUUGGAUACUCAAGGAUUAUUGAACGAUCUCAAAAAUCCGAAAGAUAGGAGAGAAUUAAUACCCGCAUACCGAGAUGCAGUCCACGCAAGUUUAGUUUCUCAUUUCGAAGAUAGAGUUAUAUCAUGCAUGUCGCAAUACCCAUCCAACAUCUUCUCGCCUCAAUUAUUACUAUCUUCACCAGGCCAUAUUUCACGAAAAGUAGCCAUGCGUAAUUCUGAUGACUUUUGGCCCAAUGAUCCAACUGCUCAUCCUUGGCACAUCCACACCAACUCCCACACCUCACACCUAACCACCCACCUUGAAAACAUCACCCCAGAUUGGGAUAUGUUCCAAACUUCCUCCUCCGGUACCAAUUCAUCCUCAUUCCCAGACUACUCAUCCUACCACGCAGCUGCGCGUUCACUCUCAGGUGGUCUCGUAUCCAUAACCGAUAGUCCAGGCCACCACAACACCACGCUCCUCUCUCGCCUCUCCUGUACCCCCUUCAAAAGUACUGCCUCCAAUGUGCCAUGUAACCCAAUUAUCCUCCGCGUCAAUCCCGGAAAAUCCACAGAAGUAUACAGCGACAACAAAUCCCAUCGAAUAUUAAAAAUACGUACCUCCACAAUCGAAACCGGUGUCAGGAUACUGGGGUUAUUCAACCCACUUGCAUCUGGGUCUAUUACCGAAAUUAUUGGACUUGAAGAAUUUUUCCCAUUUUCUCAAUCCCACUCCCACGAAGAAAACGAAGCAGAUAUAGAAUACAUAAUCCACAGCUCCACCACCAAGAAACUAUCUCGACCUAUUUCCCUCCAAACCCUCGGAACUACCGCUAGUAAAUUCAUAAUCACAUUACCAUCUUAUGGAUAUGAAAUCCUUACUGCGUGUCGAAUUUAUCGUAUACCUGUUCCUCUUACUCUUCCUCUUCCUCGCAAUCCCAAUACAAAUGACACUAUCAACACCAACUCCAUACUCAACAACCACGCCUCGGAAAAUUCAAUAAAAAUAGCAAUUCUAGGUAUAUUAAACAAAUUCAUAGCAGCUGCCGCUAUCACAGAUUCCUCAAUUUCAAUUUCAACAUCACCCCUACUCGCUCGAGAAACUCCCGCGCAAGAACUUCCCAAUCUAUUCCCAAAUUCGCAAGUACAGGUACAGGUACAGGUACAACCACAAAAAACCUCUGAUAGCGGAGUUAGGAUGGAGGGAUAUGGGGGGAGAUUUUGA